CAGACACAAUAUCAGAAAAAACCCUCUCUUCUUUCGACUAAUUGAGAACACUGAACGAGGUGGUGUGUGGUGGUCUCCAUCCACCAUUGAUUCUUUCCACCCCACCCCCACACACAGCUUUCCACCUUUAAAGAUCGCCGCCACCUCACCCUAUGGAAGAAGACCAACACCGCGAUUCGGCAGCUGAAGCAGCACCAGAUCAUCACCUUCCCCAAGACAACAGCAACAGCAACAGCAACAAAACCACUGAGGACAACUCUACCACCGCUUCCACCGCCACAACAGAAAUAACCAACAACAACAACAGAAAGUGCAAGGGCAAAGGAGGCCCUGACAACAACAAGUUCAGGUACCGCGGCGUGCGCCAGCGCAGCUGGGGCAAAUGGGUGGCUGAGAUCCGUGAGCCGCGUAAGCGGACGCGCAAGUGGCUCGGGACCUUCGCCACUGCCGAGGACGCUGCCCGCGCCUACGACCGGGCCGCCAUCAUCCUUUACGGUUCCAGAGCCCAGCUUAACCUCCAGCCCUCCGGUUCCUCGUCCCAGAACUCCACGCGGGGCUCCUCUUCUUCCGCUUCCUCCUCCACCUCCACCUCCUCCACCCAAACCCUAAGACCACUUCUCCCCCGCCCCUCGGGCUUCGGCCUUACUCUGCCCUACCCCUCCUCUGCCCACCCGGUCCCGCUCAUGGCUUCGGGGUUCGUUCCAUACGGUGUUGACUUAGGGUUAGGAGUCUACCAUAACGUUGCUGCUGCUGCGGCCGUCGCCGGUUGUGCUCUAACUUCGUCCGUACGUAUGAAUCAGCAUCCUCAUCACAUGUUAGAUCAAGAUCAUGAGUAUCAAAACAACAUUAAUCCUUUGCACCAACAACAACAGCAACAUCAGCAGCAACAAAUUGUGGUGCAACAAUUUCAUCAUCAGUACCCCAUCGCAUUAUCCGGCGGCAGCGGUUGUGACACGUCAACCUCGUAUCUACAUCCAAACCCUAGUCACGAUCAAUACCAACGACAAGUACCCCACCAGAAUAACAAUAAUCAGGAGUGCUGUUCGUACGAGGAUGUGAAUUCGCUUGUGGGAUCGGGGUUGUCUACGCAGCCUAUGGAGGUUGCACCGGGGUGUUCGGAUAUUCCUGUGGAGGCAGUGGGACCCAUGUCGCCGUUGAUGUGGCCGCUGACGAGCGAGGAAGAGUGUGUGCCGGGCCUUUGGGACUACGGCGAUCCUUUCUUCUUGGAUUUUAAGGGAUUGGAUUCAUGAAGAAUUCGAGAUCUUGACUAUAUAUAUAUAGGUCAGUUUAUUUAGUUCUGCAUGUCACUCUAUUUCGAAGAAGAACAAGAGAGAGAGAUACAGAUAUAUUCAAUUCCUUUCAAAAUUCAAGCUUAAUCUAUAGGCUAGGCUUGCAUGCAAGAUUAAUUUGAAGUAAUUAUGGUCUCUAUGGAGAAUAUUUUUUGUUUUCCAACUGUGGUAACCCAAAAUACCCGAAGAUUGAUUACGAUGUGAAAAAGUGCAUUUAGUAUCGAAUUAAGGCUUACGACGUUACAAUAUGAUCGAUCGAUAGAAGCUCUGAUGAACACAAGGGGUUGGCAAUUGGAUUAAUGACGAUAGCUUGUUAUGUUGCAUAAAGAUCGAUCUGAGGUAAGGUUGCUUAUGUAUCAUAAAGAUCUCAAAGCUUAGUGGAGUUUCGGCAUGGGAAUUUUCAUGAAAUUAGGACUUGAUUUUUUAUUUUUGUAAUCAGAUUUAGUAUAGGCAAUUUUAGUCAUUAGGAUGUAGUUUUGGGAUAAAAGAAGAAAUGCUAUUACUCUCUCUUCGUUUUUUUCUUCCUGAACUGAGAAAUAUUGUAUCCUUAAUUUCCUUAGUU